GGCAACAUAAUUGCACCUCCUAAGGAAGCCUUCCAUGAUGUGUCAUAUUGGAUUAGGAUGAGCACUAUAGACAGUCUCCUAAUUGAUGGUGGUGGCAAUGGAAGUAUCGACGGCUCUGGUUCUACUUGGUGGGAUUGUGCUAGUUGCCCUCGACCUCCUGUCCUACAUUUCCAUGCUUGCAACGACUUUAGUGUUGCUAACCUGAAGGUGGGUAAUGGUCCACGAUCUCAUAUAGCCAUCGAUGGUUGCAACAAUGCAAAAUUCUCCAAUUUAUUAGUCAACGCUUCUUCUACUAGCCCUAACACUGAUGGCUUUGACAUUGCUUCUUCUAAAUAUAUUUUAAUAGAAGAUUCCAUCAUUAGCACCGGUGAUGAUUGUAUUGCUAUCAAUGGCGGCUCCUCAUUCAUCGAUGCUACUCGUAUUUCAUGUGGACCAGGCCAUGGGAUAAGCGUUGGCAGCCUUGGUAAAAAUAAUGUUCAUGAGACAGUUGAAGAGAUUCAUGUACAUAAUAUCAGCUUUAUUGGAACCACAAAUGGAGCAAGAAUCAAGACAUAUCCAGGCGGAUCAGGUUAUGCAAAGAAUAUUACUUUUGAGCAAAUUAAUCUUACAAAUGUUACCUAUCCAAUAAUUAUCGACCAACACUAUGCAGUUAAAGAUGCAACGGAAUCAGCUGUACUGGUGAGUGACGUAACAUAUCGUGGAUUUAAUGGAACGGCAUUUUAUGACGUUGCUAUUAAGCUAGACUGUAGUCCAUUGGGUUGUUCCAAUAUUGUAUUGGAUGACAUUAACAUUGUCUCUUCUCGAAUUGGAAAGACUGUCGGUGCCUUUUGCCAAAAUCUUCAUGGAACAAUUAAAUCCACAAUUCCAUCGGUCUCAUGCACAUAA